AUGUGGAAAUAUUUCACCGAACAACAAUUUACGACCAAGUCUAAAAAAUGGAUCGACGUUUUGGAUAAUCUUGUUGCUUCGUACAAUCAUUCGAAACAUCGUACGAUCCAUAUGAAACCUGCCGACGUCAACGAAACCAAUAAAGAUAAAGUCUGGACAAAACUUUACGGUUAUCCGUUAUCUCAUUUUCCAAACCCAAAAUUUAAAGUUGGAGAUCGUGUCCGAGACCAAAUCUAUCGCGACACUUUUGUAAAGGGAUACACGCCGAAUUAUACCGACGAUGUUUACGUCGUGUCGGAAGUGUUUCGUGGUGAUCCCACCAUGUAUAAACUUAUCGAUCCCGACGAUGACGAUCGUGAAAUUCAAGGAAGAUUUUACGAACAUGAAUUAUCGUUGGAUCUAAGUGGUAAAUAAACUAUGGCCGAAAAUAUCGAACUCGAUGAGAUCGGACAGAAUUAUGACUGGGAUCCGUGGGGAGAAAAUGACGAAACUAAUUUGGACAACUUUUACGAAACGGCAUUGGACGAUCUGGAAAGACAGGACGAUGAAAAAUGGCUGUCGGAUUUUAAAAAACAAAAUGAAAAUGAUAAGUCCACAAAAAGAAAGAGGGAAACUAAUUCAUUGUAUACGACCGGAUCAUCCUCCGGUCUGAAAUCUGAAUAUGUGAAAAAACCUUUUUGGGAACGACUAUCAAUUAAACCCGAACGACGGAUUAAAUUCCAAAGAUUUAUUUUCACGACUGGAUGUUGACGGAUAUUGGUUAACGUUCGACGAUGUUAAAGUAGCUUUCAUCGAUAGAAAUGGGAAAUACUUCUUAUCCAAAAAUACAUCCAACGUUCAGAGUCUAAAAGAUUUUAGAACCACGUUCGAAAAAGCGACGGAAGAACAUCAAAAUAAAUUCGUCAGUAUCACGGAAGAACAAAUUCCAGAUGGAAAUCCAUCGAUCCUCAAUGAUAUUUCUAACGACGUGCGUGAUGAAAUUCACAAUGAAAAUAUCGACGAUAAUCUUGAAUUUCACGAUCGCGUCUUACAAUUUCAUCGCGAUGGGAAAUUCACCGAACAAGAAGCCAGGGAAUUGGUUGGAAUUACUGUUCCCAAAGGUGAACCUAACGAACGGAUCAAAUAUUUAAAAAUAGAACGUCAAAAACUCAAAACAGAUUUUGAAACCGAUUCCGAUCCCGAACGUCAAGAUAUUUUUCGCGAAGCGUUAAAGAUCAUCGAUCAAAAUAUCGACGAUGCGAAAUUAGAAAUGUGGGAACGUCCCGAAUCCGAAGAAGGCGUGCAUCGGAUUCGUGAAAAAGUUCGCGACGAUACACGGACGAGAUUUGAAAAAUUUAAACUCUGGGCCAAAGAAAAUUUAGGUGUUUUAUCUGCGAUUGCUAUUUCCAUCGCGGGGAUUAUUACGACUGUCGUUGUCGCCGGAAAAAAGACGUUGGUCGGUGCUGCGAAAGGUGUGGGUGAAGUUGGAAAAGCAUUUGGUAAGCUUGCGAAAGCCGCACUUCCCAUUUUCAUUCCCAUCUUGAAUAUGUUAGCUACUAUUCUUAAAUGGGGUGCGAAAGGAAUAGAAUUUCUUGCGAAAAAUCUAUGGAUUCUUGCCAUCCUGAUCGCAGGAUACUUGUACAAUUAUUUAAAGAAAAAAUAA